CCCUCAUCUGGAUUUGCUCCCAUGCAGAGAAGGAUUUUGGAGGAACCGAUGGAUUUACAGAGCCCGGACACUUGACAGAAUUAAUCUCAACCCGAGUGAUGGACAGUCAGAUGGCCAGAUAGCCCCGGCGCGGGCUACCCCAUAAGAAGUGAUGCAUCUCUUCCACUUCCCAUUGUUAGCAUGAGAACACAGCCUAGGUCCUACACAGAGGUACCGUUCCACAGAGACCCACCUCGCUGCGCUAUAAGAAGGAAGGGGCUCUCUGAGGCACUGGAGAUGGCUGGAGGAUGCGACGCACUCAACAGCAGCCGUAGACCAUCAAACUUUUUCCCCUAGUGGUUUAAUUCCUCUCUGGGGGAAUCAUCUCUACGAGGCUGCCAGAAACCAGAAGAUUGGAGCCUUUCCUCCAGCAUUUUCAUAUUUCUGAGGAUGCCAACACUACUGCAAACUCAACUGUGACACGAGUUUUUCUUUAGAUUCUAUUUUUAGGGUUUGAGUUUCUAUACAUAUAUCUCUAUAUUUAUAUAUCUAUAGGUUUCUAUACGGCCAUAUCCACAGACACCCCAUCUUUCUUGCGCGCCGUGUGGCUGUGGAUAUAGCUUUCGAGAUACAACGAUUAAGCCAAAGAAUUUGUUGUAGGAUUCUCCUUGCAACAAGACUUUCUAGAGCAAUAAUUUUUUGUGCCCAGACAAACUACUCUCGGGAAGUUUUGUACGAGCCACUGCCCUGCAGCCAAAACAAUGAGACCUGUGGCAUUAAUUGUAGGGUUUAAGACAUUGUGGGUUUUGGCAUUUUCGUCUCUUUCCAACACUCUGGCGGUGAAUAACAGUGGGAGAUGGUGGGGCAUCAUCAACGUGGCCUCUUCCACCAACCUGCUGACGGACUCCAAGCACGUGCAGCUGGUGCUGGACCCCUCCCUGCAGCUGCUGAGCCGCCGGCAGCGGAAGCUGAUCCGCCAGAACCCCGGCGUCCUGCACAGCGUCAGCAGCGGCCUGCAGAGCGCCAUCCAGGAGUGCAAGUGGCAGUUCCGCAACCGCCGCUGGAACUGCCCCACCACCCAGGGGCCCCACGUCUUCGGCAAGAUCGUCAACCGGGGCUGUCGGGAGACGGCGUUCAUCUUCGCCAUCACCAGCGCCGGCGUCACCCACUCCGUGGCCCGGUCCUGCUCCGAGGGCUCCAUCGAGUCCUGCACAUGUGACUAUCGGCGCCGCGGCCCGGGGGGGCCCGACUGGCACUGGGGGGGCUGCAGCGACAACGUCGACUUCGGCCGGGUCUUCGGGCGCGAGUUCGUGGAUUCCAACGAGAAGGGACGGGACCUGCGCUUCCUGAUGAACCUGCACAACAAUGAGGCGGGACGGAUGAACAAGAAAUAA